AUGGAAGAUCAUCUCCAGUCAUGCACUCAAAGCAAGAGCAAAUGCUUCUCCACAAAAUUCAUCAGUAUCUUAGUUUCCUCCUUGUUCCUGGUUAUCAUCCUUUUCCAUACCCAGUAUUCAUCCCCUUUUGAGUUCUCUUUAUCAGCAAGGUCCCAAAUAAGGGCUUUUCUUUCCCAAGAAGAUUACUCCGAUGUCAUCGAAACCAUGAAUGCAGAACUCAAAGACUCUGUAACUUUCCUCCCCCUCAAGGACCUUAGAUUUGGAGAAACAGCCAGAGAUGGCCACACCUGGUUUAUGAGCUCCUUGAACGACAUAGUCGAAGAAAAUGAAACAGAACACUUAUAUUUCCCUUCCGAGGCAUCCAAAGGUCGGCUUCUUUGCUUUAAAGGGCGGGAUAUUAGGGAUGGCACAAAGAAUUCAUAUGCUUUGGCAUGGCGAGGAAGUCUUCCAGACUCAGCUAUUCUACUGGAAGGCUUGACAUUUGUAUCGGACACAUAUUACAACCAUGACAAUCUUUGGCAUGGAAUCUGUGCCAUGGCUCCUCUUGUAAGAUGGUCAAUGAAAAAUGAGUGUUUAAAGCCAGAAAGAUGGGUGCUAUUCCACUGGGGAGAACUGAGAUUUAAAAUGGGCUAUUGGGUUCAACAACUUAUGCAAGCUAAUUUCGGUGAAGUAAAGGUGGAAGGAUUUGAUAAAGGAGGUGUACCUUACUGUUUUGAGAAAGCCAUUGUCAUGAGGCAUGAUCUAGGCCAAAUGAAGCAGGAGAAUAAGCUGAAGGCAAAGGUAGAGAGAUGA